GAAGCGUCCUCCGGGAGGGGGCGGGCCCAGGGUCCUGGAGUCCUGCGAGUCGGGAAGGGCUGGUGUCCCUCACCCCGACCUGCAUCCUCUUCCCGCCCCCUCCUCCCGCGCUGGCGCAUCAGGACCCUUUCCAGAAGUGGAACCGAGGGACGCCCAUUGUGGGGGAGUUGGCGGGUACCCACGUGACAGACAGACCCCGGGGCGUCCCAGGUUUGCAGGGAACAUGGGCAUGCUCAGGGCAGGGCUGUGCCCGGGCCUCACCGAGGAGAUCGUUCAGCUUCUGAAAGGCCGAAGGAUCAAGACAGUGGCGGACCUGGCAGCUGCUAACCUGGAGGAGGUAGCCCAGAAGUGUGGCUUGUCCUACAAGGCCCUGGUUGCCCUGAGGAGGGUGUUGCUGGCACAGUUCUCGGCUUUCCCAUUAAAUGGCGCGGACCUCUAUGAGGAACUGAAGACUUCCACUGCUAUCCUGUCCACCGGCAUUGGAAGCUUGGACAAACUACUUGAUGCUGGCCUCUAUACCGGGGAGGUGACUGAAAUUGUAGGAGGCCCAGGUAGCGGAAAAACCCAGGUAUGUCUCUGUGUGGCUGCAAAUGUGGCACACAGCCUGCAGCAGAAUGUACUGUAUGUUGAUUCCAAUGGAGGGAUGACAGCGUCCCGCCUCCUCCAGCUACUACAGGCUAGAACCCAAGAUGAGGAGAAACAGGCAGGUGCUCUCCAGAGGAUACAGGUGGUGCAUGCAUUUGACAUCUUCCAGAUGCUGAAUAUGCUGCAGGACCUUCGGGGCACCAUGGCCCAGCAGGCAACGGCCUCUUCAGGCACUGUGAAGGUUGUGAUUGUGGAUUCCGUCACUGCGGUGGUCGCCCCACUCCUGGGAGGUCAACAGAGGGAAGGCCUGGCCUUGAUGAUGCAGCUGGCCCGAGAGCUCAAGAUCCUAGCCCGGGAGCUGGGUGUGGCAGUGAUGGUGACCAACCACUUGACCCGAGACCGAGAUAGUAGGAGAGUCAAACCUGCUCUGGGACGCUCCUGGAGCUUUGUGCCCAGUACCCGGAUUCUCCUGGAUGUCAUUGAAGGGGCUGGAACUUUAGGUAGCAGCCAACGCGUGGUGUGUCUGACCAAGUCUCCCCGCCAGCCAACAGGUCUGCAGGAGGUGAUAGACAUUGGGACAUUGGGGACUGAGGAGCAGAGCCCGGAAUUGCCUGCCAAGCAGACGUGAUGUUGUGGAUUGGGGAAGGGACAGCCUCCCAGGCCCUUACAGCAUUCUUUCUCAGUCAGCUGCUGUCCACUGCCACAGGGGCCCGGGCAGUGCAGAUGUCUCAGGCUUGUCGGAAGCCAAGGCUCAGCUUCCUCAGCCUCACUCUGUGGGAUCUCAUGGAGCCAGUGGCCAGAGGAUGCUGCCACGGGGAGGCGUGGAGUGGGGAGGAGGACCUAGAAGUCCAUCGUAGUCCAUCUCGGCCUCAAGUUUUCUUCCUUUGCAUCUGCCAUAUGUUUCAGUGGAGGUUGAGGUCAACCUAGCUUGGGCACCAAACACAGUAGUGACUGGGUGAAUAGCUUCUUGGCCCUGUGUGUCACCAUCCCUUACACAGUAAUUGAUCCGGGAAGCCUUCACUCCACCCAUUCCCAUUUAUUUUGGCUGCUGUUUUCCCACCUGCAAGAUGGGACUUCCUUUGUCUGAGUUACUCAGUAGAAAUAACCUCAGAAAUGUAAAGCUCUUUAUGUAUGCCCUGCUCUUAAAAAUACAUAAUGCUUGGGGGGUGGGGGAAAUGGCGGCGCACGCCUAUAAUCCCAGCACUAGGGAGGCAGAGCCAGGCGGAUCUCUGUGAGUUCAAGGCCAGCCUGGUCUACAGAGCGAGAUCCAGGACAGGCACCAAAACUACCCCGGGGAAACCCUGUCUCGAAAAACCAAAUAAAAUAAAAUAAAACAAAAAUAUUUUUAAAAAGUAAAAAGGAAGUCCUCUGAACUCUAGAGUUUUUCCAUUCCUGCAGUGGGAUGCCCAGAGAAUGAGAGUUCUUCCCUGCUUGCUGACUGGGUUUCACACACCUGCCUGCAUCACCCUGAUAGGUGAGAACUUGAGCUCACUGCUGUCCCAGGGAUAUAAUUUACCAGGGAGGAAGGAUGUGACCUGCUUCCAGUGAACCAGACACUUGUUUCAUAUGCAUGGUGCCCUGUGGGGGCCCUUCCUCAGUCUAGAGUAACCAGAGGUGCUGAACCAUGGCCUAACCCAUAAACAGACAGAGGAGAAUUUGCACAGUAAAUAGAACCAGCUGGGAAAAUUGAUGCUGGCAUAAAUAAUACAUGGCCAAUCUAGUCUUUUAUACAGAAAUUCAUUGCCGGUGGCUCUAAGACGCAGGAUAAUUACACCUCUCGUCUUGCCAGCUGUACCACAGCCUCAUGUCUUAGUGAAUAAAACAACCCUCUGUCUGUUACCAACACUGUGGCCAUCCAUCUGAGAGUCGUAACUCUGCCCGAGAGGGGAGGAUGGUACCAGGGAAUGGAAAAUGAAAGGCAGAGUAAAGAAAUGAUCAAGAUUGUUUAUGGACCACAUCUUUUACAAGGAGGGUCACGCUUGGUUAGAGAGCCUGUUGUAUAAUUAGUUUUGUCUUAGCAGCAGGAAAGGGGGACCAGAGUUACAAGAUCUGAUAUUUAGGGCCAAUGAUAAAGAUGCUUGCCUCCAAGCCUGACGACCUGAGUUCAGUCCCUGGGUCCCACAUAAAAGAGAGAGAAUUGACUCCUGCAAAUUGUCCUCUGACCUCCAUACAUGCUGUGUGGCAUAUGUAUGCCCCCUCACGUAUAGUAAUAAAAAUGUAAUAAUAAAAGAAAAUAUGCCAGGCAUGGCAGCACAUUCCUUUAAUCCCAGCACUCGAGAGGCAGAGGCAGGCAAAUCUCUGAGUUCAAGGCCAUUCUGGUCUAUAUAGUGAGUUCCAGGACAGCCAGGGCUAUUACACAAAGGAAACUUGCCUCAAAAAAACAAAACAAAACAAAACAAAACAAAACAAAACAGAAAAAAGAAAAUAUGACAUGGGUAAUUUAAGGUAUGGCAGGAUAGAAGCAAGCCUGAAGGAUAGAGAAUGAAUGCCAAGUGGCAUAAGGGUAUCUGUGAUAACGUGGAACCUCAACCCUCACACUUUCUUCCAUAGAAGACCGAGGGAGACAACAGUCUUUGGUAGCUACACCAUGGCUGGUCAGUUGGCAGCUUCCCGCAACCCUAGUGAGAACAAUACAUCAAACCAGGAAAAGCACAUUCCUGCCACUCCCCGUGCUCUUUGGGCAUCCCGAUCUCAUAGCAGACAGCACCAACUAGUCAAGGGCACUCUCUCGUGGAAUGUUUGACAGUGUCUUAGUGCAACUUAGGAACCACUACCAGUUAGGGGGACUGGUGUUCAAGGAGGAGCCUGGUUCCCGCUCUGCCCUGGAUGGAUCUGUCCUGUUUCCUGCAGUUGGUGAUUUCAAGUGUUUCAUACUUGACUGAGGAUUCCAGAACAGUGCAGUGUGAGGUUUUUUGUUUUUGUUUGUUUGUUUGUUUGCUUUUUUUUU